AUGAGGUUUAUUUCGGUGUCACUGGCCGUGGCAGGAACAGACAAUCUACAGAUAAAUGUCACCCCAACUCCUGAAUCGUUUCCUCAUGGGAAAUUGUUACCAAUUUCACCAACAUGGCCUUUCUCAGAAGUCGAGUCUUCCUCAGCAGCGGACAGAACCAGGACUGUGCUGGGACAGUCCCCUGACAACACAAGCUUGCCGCUGCUCGCCCGAACCCCUCCGCCCAAGACCCGCCGCAGGACUAGGGCUCAUGUGGACUUCUCUUCUUCCCUUUUCCAAGGAAGCGGACACAGCGCCUCCCUCGAACCUUCCAAGGAUUCUGCCGAGUCCCUGGUCCAGCCAAGGCCUCAAGAGGGAAAAGAAGCAGCUGACGCAUCAGGUUCGCCUGUCACCAGCAUGCUUCCCCCCGCGGCCACGGUCCCAUCAGUGACGUCCCCGAGUGCUGUCCUCCCAUCUUGGCCAGUUCAGGCAGGGACUCCCUCCAUUUCAAAGCAUCCCCCAAACUCAGACAUUCUCCUUCCACCUUCAUCCUCUUCAUUGGCUCCUGACUCACCUCAUUCCAUCAUCUUUUCUAAGCCAACAGAGUGGCCCACCAAAGUGCAUUUAGUCCCCCACCCAGCUCCAGCUGACCCCACUUCAGGUCCGAGUGUAGCUAAUCCCCUAAACCCGUUUUCUGACGAAACAGACCACACUCCAUCGCAAAAUCCCCAGGAUUUCAUAGGCACCCCUCAUCUAGGUUUUUCAGGAUCCUCAACAAAGCAGUAUUCUAACCUGUCCCCAACAGAGGGUCCCCACUCAGCAGGCUCACCUACACCAGGGUUUGGGCGCUCCGGGGCAGAACUGGCCCAUCCGUCCCCCCCUCCCCCAGCCCCUGGAAGUCUUCUUCAGCUUCCGGGUGGAACCCCCUCAUGGUCAGUGUUGGAAGUGGCUUCGGGUCCUGCGUCCACACAGCCAGUCAGAGCUGAGGUGCCUGAAAGAGUGCACGAUGGGGUGUCUUUGCCGACUUUUAAGAGCACAGCAGCAGCGACCCAUGAGGCUGAGUCUCCGCUUUUCCAGACUGCAGAAUCAGUGGCCAUAGACAUGACCAGCAGCAGACAGCUAGUCCCUGCUACUACCAAUGACUCUGCUAACCCGCUGCAUUUGUCAGCAGCUCCAGAGAAUUCCGGAAGGCCCGCCCAUUCAGCAGAACACACAUCUUCCUCUUGGGUGCCUUCUCCUCUGCCUUUUACCACACCAGGUCAAGGGCGAGCCAUGCUCUCUAGAGUGGUUCCCGCGUCACCAUGGAACAGGACAGCUGACUUUCCCUCCACGCUCACUUUCCUCCAGCCUGCAGAGAGUCAUGCCCUCCCACCCCCUGUGCCGGGGGUGCCCACUCCUCCAGAAGAGGACAGUGAUGGGGCCCUUCCUACCGCAGCUACAGACUUCCUCCUCUCAAGCAGAAUUCCUCGUCUUUCAGUGACUUGGACAAUUCCCCCGUGGAAAGAGGACAGCGUGACAGCCAUUUUAAGGAAAAAUGAAAAGGCAAAUGUGACAGUUCCUCUCCAGGCCCUUUCAAGUAAAGAGGUUUCGAGUCUUCACACUGUAAAUGGAUUUGUCUCUGAUCUCAGUGCUGACUGGAGUUCGUCUGCUGUCCUUACAGCACCCGAAACAAAGCUCCCUCCUCCAGGAUCACCUCCACCUCCCACGCCUGCCGUACAAACAACCUGGACUGUUUCCCCAUCUCCUGGCUUUUCCAGCACCAAGCCAGAGACGUACACAGCUACUGUGGGCCAUUCAGAGUUGCCAGCUUCAGCUUCCAAACAGGUGACAGCAAUUCCCUCCCCCACUGAUGUCUAUGAUUUCGCAACAAUGGGAAACAUGAAAAAGCCAGCAACCACAGAUGUUUUCUGGAGUUCUCUUUCAUCAGUAACUGGAUCCCUUUCCACAGAAUCAACAAUAUCUGGCUUGCAGCAGCAAACAAAUUAUGAUUUAAAUGGACAUGCAAUUAACUCCACAAGUUGGGCAACCCAUUCAGCUUCCACAACUCCUCCCCGUGGUUUAACUUCAGCUGACAAUACAAUAAAAUCUCAGGAUUUUAAAGAUGCUGCUGGGCAAUCAGUGACUGCAGAAGGCUUUAACAUUCAGGAUCUAGUCCUUGGAACAAGCACUAACCAGCCCGCACAACAGUCAGACAGGGCUGUGGUUGGAAACUCUACAGACCUCUGGCCCACAAACAAUAACAGCCAUUCCAGAGACUUCCAAACAACUGAGGUUGAAUAUCACCCAUCCACAAGUCAACGUUCUGCAUCUCAUCUACAGUUGCCAGCCCAGCCAACACAUCCUCUUUUGCUAACCUCACCAAGUUCGACUUCUACAUCUAGCUUACAGGAAAUGCUUUCAGAUGGAACAGAUACAGGUUCCCAAAUUUCCAGCGACAUCUAUCCACCACCUGUGAUAAAUGCUUCCAUACCAUUCCAGAGCAUCCUGAGACAUCACUCUACUGCUGAAUCUCCUCCUAUAUCAACCAGUGCCUUUUCCAGGACCCUCUCCAAAGUGCUGCAGGCUUCUCAGCACCCCAAGAAAUGGACAGUGGACUUCUUGGUGUCAUCCAAGGUAGAGCCAACAGCAGCAGCAGCGGCAGCAGCAGCCACGUUGUUUCUGCGGAAACCAAGUCCACCGGCGCUGUCUGCAGCUCUAGUUGCUAAGGGUACUGGCAGCAGCCCUUUGGCUGUGGCCUCAGGAUUAGCCAAGAACAGUUUGACCACUACUCUACCUAAAAAUGUCACAAACAAGGUGGCAUCUGGCCCAAAGGCAACACAAGGGGCACUCCAUACAGCCUUCCCAUUCACGCCAACCUACAUGUUUGCAAGAACAGCACACACCACGAGCACACAUACAGAUGCAAGGGAACACAGGCACUGCCUCUGGCCUGUUGUCCACAACACACCUCCCCAGAAACCACAAGCCAUGCACACAGGCUUCACAAACCCCACCAACCCGGAGAUGCCCAGAGCAUCCACCCCCCGCCCGCUGACAGUCACAGCAGCAUUGACAUCCAUGACAGCCUCAGUGAAGGCGACCCGGUUGCCACCCUUGCGGACAGAAAACACAGAUGGUGCUCUUCCUGCUGCAUCGGCUGCCGUGGUCACAACUGGCAAAAUGGCAUCCAACCUGGAGUGUCAGAUGUCCAGUAAGCUCUUGGUGAAGACAGUCCUCUUUCUGACCCAAAGGAGAGUGCAGAUCAGCGAAUCCUUGAAGUUCAAUAUAGCCAAAGGGCUCACGCAGGCAUUGCGGAAGGCUUUCCACCAGAACGAUGUCUCCGCUCACGUGGACAUCCUAGAGCAUUCUCAUAACCUCACGGUUGGUUAUUAUGCUACCAAAGGGAGGCUGGUGUACUUGCCUGCUGUAGUGAUGGAGAUGCUGGGUGUUUAUGGAGUCAGCAACGUCACUGCAGAUCUGAAGCAGCACACCCCCAGCUUACAGUCUGUGGCAGUACUUGCCUCCUCAUGGAAUCCCCAGCCUGCAGGCUACUUCCAGCUGAAAACAGUGCUGCAGUUUGUGAGCCAAUCAGACAACAUACAGUCCUGCAAGUUUGCUCAGACGAUGGAACAGAGGCUGCAGAGAGCAUUCCAGGAUGCCGAGAGGAAGGUCCUGAGUACCAAAAGCAACUUGACGAUUCAGAUUGUGAGCACGUCCAACGCCUCCCAGGCGGUCACCUUGGUGUACGUCGUGGGCAAUCAGAGCACGUUCCUCAACGGCACCGUUGCCAGCAGCCUCCUCAGCCAGCUGUCGGCUGAGCUGGUGGGGUUCUACCUCACCUACCCGCCGCUCACCAUUGCUGAACCACUGGAAUAUCCCAACCUUGAUAUAUCAGAAACAACCAGAGACUAUUGGGUCAUCACAGUGCUGCAGGGCGUGGACAACUCGCUGGUGGGCCUGCACAACCAGAGCUUCGCCCGAGUCAUGGAGCAGCGCCUGGCCCAGCUGUUCAUGAUGUCCCAGCAACAAGGCCGGCGGUUUAAACGGGCCACCACCCUGGGAAGCUACACUGUACAGAUGGUGAAGAUGCAGCGUGUGCCAGGCCCGAAGGACCCAGCGGAGCUGACGUACUACACCCUGUACAACGGAAAGCCUUUGCUGGGGACCGCGGCUGCCAAGAUCCUGAGCACCAUUGACUCCCAAAGGAUGGCCCUGACGCUGCACCACGUUGUCCUGCUGCAGGCUGACCCCGUGGUGAAGAAUCCACCCAACAACCUGUGGAUCAUCGCCGCGGUGCUGGCGCCCAUCGCCGUGGUCACGGUCAUCAUCAUCAUCAUCACUGCCGUGCUCUGCAGGAAGAACAAGAACGACUUCAAGCCAGACACCAUGAUCAACCUGCCUCAGAGGGCAAAGCCUGUACAAGGCUUCGAUUACGCCAAGCAACACCUGGGCCAGCAAGGGGCGGACGAGGAGGUCAUUCCCGUGACUCAGGAAACGGUGGUCCUCCCACUGCCCGUGAGAGACGCGCCUCAGGAAAGAGACAUCGCGCAGGACGGAAGCACCGUCAAGACGGCCAAGUCCACUGAAACCAGAAAGAGCAGGUCGCCCAGUGAGAAUGGCUCUGUCAUCAGCAACGAAUCAGGGAAGCCCAGCUCAGGGAGACGCUCACCCCAGAAUGUAAUGGCACAGCAGAAAGUGACAAAGGAGGAGGCAAGGAAGAGAAAUGUGCCAGCGAGUGAUGAAGAGGAAGGAGCAGUUCUUUUUGACAGCUCUGGCAAGGCGGCUGCUGAGCCCUUCGACACGUCUUCUGGGUCCGUGCAGGUGAUCGCCAUAAAACCCACAGCCCUGUCCGUGGUGCCCCCCUCCUCGGACAGGAACCAGGAGUCGUCGGUUGUCCUCAACGGCGAGGUGAACAAAGCCCUGAAGCAGAAGUCAGACAUUGAGCACUAUCGGAACAAGCUGCGCCUCAAAGCCAAGAGGAAAGGAUAUUAUGACUUCCCCCCAGUGGAGACAAGCAAGGGUCUUACCGAAAGAAAAAAGAUGUAUGAAAAAGCCCAAAAGGAAAUCGAGCAUGUUUUGGAUCCAGACACAGAACUGUGUGCUCCAUUCGCCGAGUCUAAAAACAGGCAACAGAUGAAGAACUCUGUCUACCGAAGCCGGCAGUCCCUGAACAGCCCGAGCCCUGGGGAAACUGAGAUGGACCUUCUGGUGACUCGGGAGCGACCCCGGCGUGGGAUCCGUAACAGCGGAUACGAUACUGAGCCUGAAAUCAUAGAGGAAACCAACAUUGACCGAGUUCAUGAGCCCCGGGGCUAUACCAGGUCUCGGCAGGUGAAAGGCCACUCGGAGACCUCCACACUGAGCUCCCAGCCCUCCAUCGACGAGGUCAGGCAACAGAUGCACAUGCUGCUGGAGGAGGCCUUCAGCCUGGCGUCCGCGGGCCACGCAGGCCAGAGCCGGCACCAGGAAGCCUACGGGUCAGCCCAGCACCUGCCCUACUCAGAGGUGGUGACCAGCGCUCCAGGGACCAUGACGCGGCCCAGGGCUGGAGUGCAGUGGGUGCCGACCUACCGCCCAGAGAUGUAUCAGUAUAGUCUGCCCCGGCCGGCCUACAGGUUCUCCCAGCUUCCCGAGAUGGUCAUGGGCUCGCCCCCUCCACCUGUACCUCCCCGGACUGGCCCUGUGGCUGUCACUUCUCUCAGGCGGUCCACCUCAGACAUCGGCAGCAAGACCAGGAUGGCCGAGUCCGCGGGGCCCGAGCCGGCGCAGCUGCACGACAGCGCCUCCUUCGCGCAGGUGUCCAGAGGCCCCGUGUCCGUGGCGCAGUUGGAUCAGUCGGCUUUAAAUUACUCAGGUAAUACGGUUCCGGCAGUGUUCGCCAUCCCAGCUGCCAACAGACCUGGCUUCACCGGCUACUUCAUCCCGACACCUCCCUCGUCCUACAGGAACCAGGCCUGGAUGUCCUACGCAGGAGAGAACGAGCUCCCAAGCCAGUGGGCCGACUCGGUGCCCCUCCCAGGGUACAUCGAGGCUUACCCCCGAUCCCGGUAUCAGCAGAGCUCGCCCUCCAGGCUUCCUCGCCAGUACAGCCAGCCGGCCAGCAUGCACCCCAGCCUGGAGCAGGCCCCGGCGCCCUCCGCGGCGGCCUCGCAGCAGAGCCUGGCGGAAAAUGACCCGUCCGACGCGCCGCUGACCAACAUCUCCACAGCGGCCCUCGUGAAAGCCAUCCGGGAGGAGGUGGCCAAGCUGGCCAAGAAACAGACAGACAUGUUUGAGUUCCAGGUCUAACACCUUAGCCCCGGGGGACUCUGGACUUCCACGCUGCAGAAAACGGCCUUUGGGGUUCUCACGUCUGAUGUGUUGGGACUUCAGAGAGAGAGAGUGAAUGAGUCUCAAGCUCAGUUUCUGAAAAGGUGAACAGUGGGGCUUCUGGGAAAUAGAGGAAACCCUUGAAUGAACGACUGGAUUCUUCUUGGCUUAUCCAACUGAUCAUGUGUCAAGAAGUCCCCGAUUGGGACGUUAUGAUUGAUAUUCAUUAUGUUGAAUGUUUGAACUGGGUGUAUGUCCCUUUGGAGCCUUAAUCACAAGAGGCACUAGCUAAUCUACAGAUUCCUGUCCAAUGCCAUAUUUUAAUAAAUCACUGGAAGGCGGAGAAUAUACCUCUUAUCUUCGGUGACCCUGCAUGUUAACUCUGUUUCUGUGUUAAGGCAACACAGGAGCGUGGAUUAAGCACCAGACUAUACUCUCUGUCAUUCAGCCGUGACCGUGAUGGUUAACAUCAUCUCUAGUCUGUAAGGGAGACACUGACUCCAGCCAAGAAACUUGAGUCCCUUUUUUUUAAAAGGUUCAUAUUCAAAGUCAAAUGAAAUUGGAUGAAAGUCAGUACCCAUGGCUGCGCCUAUAAAUAGUCCUGACUCUUUAUUUCCCCCAUUAAUUAAAAAAAGGCCAAGAAAGAGAAAAGAAGAGAGGGAAUGGUAGAUUUGUGCCGACAGGUUUUCUGAAAGGUGUUGUCGCUUUGGGAAUAGAGCACCCCACAAGUUAGGAUCUAACUGAAAGAGAAUCGGUGCUAAGAGCUUUUAGGAUCCUACAAAGAAACACAGUUAUUUGUGGAGGUUUUUCUUCGCCCUGCAUUGAAGGUGGCCUGAGAACAGAGCUUCUCUCUUUGGGGGGAUAACAGAUACAUUGCCUUUUACAAGAAAAUCUCUGUCUCUUCAACAAUGAUGUCCAGCCUGGGCGGCCCAGCAGUACAAAAGGGAAUAGUAACUGAUCCCUGUUAGAAACAGGAGCGGUGGAUCCAUAGUCUUCCCAGGCGGCAGCCUCUGUUUAUAGAAGCUUCUGAAUGUAGGAAAUCUGUUGAAUUGCGUUUAAAUGUAAAUAAACUUUUAAAAACUGUGCACAGGGAGUUAGCCAGCUCCCUACAGCUAACGGACGCAGGAGGACAUGUGCUGAAGUGCCAGGACUGCUACCUUGUGACCAUGAUGUUGCAAGUCACCCUCCCUGGCAUGGCGAGUUGGCCGCCAGAGCUCUGGGUAGGGGACAUUGCCUCACAGCACUGAGGCACCAGCUGCUGCCCUGCCCCCCGCCCCGUCCCCAGCAACGUGAGCAAGACAGCUGCUGACUUUGGGUAGCAGGGAGAGAGGGGACACUUUGGUUCCCUUACCAGCUCUGGGAGCCUGUACAGUAUUGGGGGCUUCCUUGGUGUCUGUUGGAGAACGAGGUCCUGUCCUGCUUUCACCCAUGAUCCAUCUAGCUUCUGCUGUCUCCAUCCCUUCUGAGCCCAUCUGCCCAUUGUCCUCAUGAGUUUCUUUGGUCUUUACUGAAAGAAGAAGGUGGAAACUUAAACAUAGAGAGAAGACAAAAAAUGAAACUGAUUAGAAUGGGAGAUUCAAACUGUCAAAGCACAGACUUUUCAAAGAAGCCGUUUUUAUUUCCCAGUGGCAAAUUGCCCUUUUUGGAAUGUUCAGAGAUGACAUGUCAUGGAAUUCCCAAACAAGUCUCUUGUUCGGAUGAUAAUAGGUAGUGUCCUUUUAGUAUGCUGGUUGAUCUUUCAUAGUGUUAGGUUUUUGUUACUUAAAAAGAAAUCAGCUAUAAAUAAAAUGUAUUUUUGUAAUUCCCUUGUGUAUAUAUGGCAUAUUUCUACCAAUGGUCCGUUGUUGUAGUCCAGAACCUAAAUCAGCUUGCAGAACACUGUGGACAGUGCAAGAUUUUAUGGACAGAUUAACAUAAUGCCUGAGUCUAUCCAAAUAGGCAUUCAAUGCACUUGAAUGAACAAAGAGCCAAAGAAACUCAGCCUUUUCAUGCAAAUGGUAUGAGUCUGAUAAAGUCAGCUACAUUGUCCCGCUUUCCCAAUAAUAUUAAUAUUUCAUCAGUGCAAUGAUAUCAACCCAGUACUUUGUCUACUUGGUACACGCCUGGAAAUACUGUAUGUGAAAAUGACGUUUCAAGACCUUAGUGUAAUUGAAAUAUAUAUACAUGUUUCAAAAGACAGUGUCUGAGCCUUGGAUGUUCCGAUGACUUACAGAGGCUGCGUCUACAGUCUGCAGAGGUCUGGCUCCCCAGGUCACUAAGAGGAUGGAGCCACAAAUCACUAUGGUCUUUGCAGAAGCCCAUGAAAUAGCGGAGACAACUAAAAAUACAGCGUGCUGCAUCCGACACUCUCUUACACUAGACGUCAUGGGUUCAAGAGAAGUAGAUGAGAGGAAAACCUUAAGUUGAAAAGAAAUCAGUCUGUUCCUGUUUUCCCACCAAUGGGGAGACAGCCCCCCGUGGUUGGGUUUUCUGUGACUGAGGUAUGGCCCCUUCUCUGAAGAGUCUCCUGACCUCGUGGAGGUGGCAGAUACCUGGAUGCUGACUCUGAGAAAAGGCAGAUGGUCAAAAGGGCCUCAUGGAAGUGAAAAUAGGGUUCCGUGAGAGCCCCGAGGAGGCAGCACUGGACUCUGUGUUCAUCAGAACCCUCCAGUCACAGAAGCCGCAAAGGACCUUGGUUGACGUGGGAGGAGGAGGAAGCGGAAAUCCAGAGACGUGGAGCAAGUGACCGGCCCGGGGAUUCCAGCCCACUCUGCUGAUCCGUGACCCGGCUCGUUUUCCAUCUCACCACGCGGGUUGCAGGCUUGUCCGUGACACGUUUCUUUGACUGUGCCCGGAAGUUUAAAAAAUACAUUAAGGGUCAUGUGAGGGAGUCCAUGAUGUUCUUGCCAAGAAGAAAGAUGAGUGAUUGCGUAUGUAAGGAACUUCAGAUACAGUGUGUAGAGGAUGAUGCAUUUUGUAGCAUAAUAAACAUUUUUCAGCACUGGUUUCGAUACGAGUUUUCUGCGUUUGUGAAAAAAGAAAUGCAUUUUGGCUUUUUCCAGAGAGUGUCGUCAAGGAAAUGGUGUCCUCACCUGCUGUUCAAGACUGCGGGGAGGAAUUCCUCUCUCAGCACCAAGGAUCCAAACGGACAGGCGGGGAUGGCCUUUCCUGCUUGUCCCGGUGUGGUAGCAGACCCCGGGCUCUGUGUCAGGGGAGGGGCCUGCUGUGCAGGAACAUAAAGGUCUGGGGUGUGACCCGGUACCUACGAGGGAAGGCUUGUGUCAUAACGAGAUGGCAGCUGUUACCUAUGGAGCAGGGAGUUUCCUCUUUCAGGGUGGAUUAUGUAAGGAUCAAUUCUCUGGUCCUGGAAGAAGUUUUAUUGUGCAUUUGGUAAUUUAACAUCUUGGCGGAAGGGCUUAUAAUUUCUGAGUUAUCCUGAUGGAAGAAAGGAAAUUGUUCGAUCUGUGAUUAAAAAAAAAAAAAAGCAAAAAACCUGCUGAGAGAGAGUGUAGAGUGGAGGAGGCAAGGAAUGUAAAUGUCUAACUAAAAGAAAUGCUUUGCUAACAGGCAGAAAUUAGAGAAAUGGAUGAAAAGAUUUAAACAUUGAUUGCCUAUAGAAAUGAGCUCCCUUUUUUCUACAUAGCACUCUGUUGGGGACUCAACAUUCAAUGAAUAAUAUAACAAGUAUUGUUUUAAAAGUUUGGACUUAAUCCUAAAUUCCUUCUACCACACACCAGAAAAUAAUUUGGACUUUCUUUACAAAAUACAGCCAAUACUCUUAAGGAAAGAUAGUCAUUUAGCUUGGAGUAGUGACUGACCAGGGUCUAAGUGUUGGAAAUGUAAUUCUGCCAUUCAGUCCGACCUCGAAGGGAUUCCGGUCAAGGAGCUUUUGCAAGGACUGGAGACCCGCUCACACUUGCUCGAGCGUAGGGGCUGGCUGAGAGAAUGCAGGGGUAUUUCACAGACACAAAGCACAGCUCCUCUCCGGGAAGGGGUGGAGGUGGUGGCCCUCGCUCUUACGCUCUCUCACAUCCUCUUUCCUGAUGGGCUUUCAUCCAUAUCUGCUCCAUCCUCGUGCUUCCCCUGGCCAACCAGCUUUCUCAUUAGUAUAUGUCCUAAAAAUCCACCCAGGACCCACCUCGCACAACCUUUCCUCUUCAGUACCCUCCACUCUGGGAUUAGCAUCUCUGUGCCCCCUGAGGCUAAUUCUCAAGGAUCUGAUUGGUCCAGUUCAUCUGCCUAGGGAUGAGCCACCCAGCGUCAGCUGUGCCCAAGGAGGCUGGGUCAUGUAAUAUAAGCAUGGCCCCCUGGACUGACCCUUUCAGCGAGGGCUUUUGUUGGGGGCUAGCACCCAGAGGAAGGAACACGAGUGGACAGGACCUUCAAAAGGAACCUACUACAGACCGGAAUUGACCAGUACACCUGGGAUGCCACCCAGCAGCCAGUCCUGGGAGAGCAGCCUCUCUGGAGACUGCCGCAGAGAGGCAAGGGGCGUCCUUCACUUACACAUCAGGUGAGAAUACGUGACCUUGAAACCCUGCUAGACUGGCCAGAACUGCCCCAACCACUUCCCACCCCAACACCAGUUAUUGAUACAGCUGCGGGGUCUCAGAAGUGAUCUCUGACCAAGGCCCAGUUAGCACAACGUCUUGCUCAGCAGACAAUAAAUACUUGUAAAUUGAAUUGCAUGAUCUUAGCUCAGGUGCUAUUAAUGUGGCUCGCGGCCACACACUUGCAUGGAUGAGAAAACCAAUGAGCCUCUCAAUAGAGUCUUUUAAAACAAAAUUGGUUUCAAGUGAAACUGAUAUUAUUGUGGCUCUGACCUUCUGAAUAUAAUAAGUUAGUGUCCUGAGAAUUGAAAGGUCUCUUGAUUUCUUAGGUGAACUCUUACAAAACCCUAGCCUAACAUGAAUACUAAAAUGUAAAGUGUUUCUGAAAGGGACUAUUUAGGAAAUGUAAUUGUGCCAGAAACAAAUUCUUUUGGAAGAUAUUAAGUUGUUUUGAUUCUGCGGGUUUCAAAAAUCAGGAAAUCUGUGACAUGGCAGAAUUCAUCUCCAUAGGUCAAACCCACAUUUCGGCAAGAGCCGUUAUAUAAGGAAAUCUAAAAGUGGAUUAUUUUCAAUCUCUGACCUUGGUCAGACUUUUGCCAAUUAUGAAGGGAGGCCGUCAAUGUAUUUUACAUAAAUUAACUGUGGCCUCACCUUAUUUCUCCUCAUCUCUUCCUUAUGUCUAAACUCAUCCCUAUCACACACCCCAAACUAAGUAGAGGAAAGGUUUGUAUUAAACAAAAUCAGAGAAGUUAUCAAUGGACUGGAAAUUUUGAAAAAGGUAUAAAUAUUCUUGACCUUGAGUGACUCACUUUAGUCUCCGAUUCCUCAUCUGUCAAAUGAGUACGACAACAUCUGUACUCCCUACCUCCCGUGGUGGUUGUGAGGAGCACAUAGCAUGAUGUAUCUGAAAAUGGUUUGAAAAGUCUGUGUGAAGGAAUUCUUACUAAAUUAUGGGUUUUGUCAUUCAGUUCUCUCCAGCAAAAUAUUUGAGCUCCUCCUAUCCACUGAAUUGAUUUGUAUUAUCAUGUGUUCCUUGACACAACUUCUUGUCAAGGAAAAAUAAAGAAAUUCCUAAAUUUGGAGUUGCCCACAAAAGCCAACCUCAUCUGGACUUGCUGUUAUUGUCGUUGUCGUCUCUGAUUUGGAGGAUGUGUAAGUACUUGUACAUGUGCUUUAAUUCUGGGUGAUAAACCCAGACCAGCGAUUCUUUAAAACCACAUUAGACACGUUGGACAAAGUACUGAACAGAAGCUUGGAAUGUAGCUGUUAUUUUAAUGCUUUGCUUUCUAAUUAACUUUGUACGUCCUUAGCCUCUGCCGGGAACAGAGUGUUCAUAUGCUGUUAGAAUUUUUUAUUGUAAAAUAAAAUGACAAAAGGCUUUCAUACCCCAAAA